UGUUAAUGAAACAGUGCUUCAGACAAUUAAAUGACUGAUGACACUCAAUUAACAUGCUGAUUGGCCUCUCAGCUAAUUGGUGCUGGCUUGGCCUGCUCCUUGUUGGCAGCGACUUCAGCCUUGAAUGGUUCCUCAGCAGCUCCGGCCCCAGAAUAGCGGUUGGCCGGAUCAGGCAGCUGCCUGCAGCCAUGCCAAAGAGCUGGCUCUAGAGACACCAGGCGCUGUGCAGACUGUCUUGUGGUACAGUACUGGCCAAUGGCUAUCCAGAGUCCCCCAAGCUGGUGGGACGUUCUAACUAGCAUUAGAGAGGCAGCAUGGAAGGUACUAGACUGAGAGUCAGCAGCCCUGGGUCUAACCCCAGCUCUGCUGGGCAAGUCACUUCUCCUUGGGCCUGGUUUCCCCUCCCACCCUUUCGCGAUGCAGACAGUCCUUUCCCCCAGAGCUCACCGGCUGUGCACAGCACCCAGGACCUGUGUACUUUCCCAGGGUUGUCAGUGGCCCUGUGGACAGCCCCUGCUGCUCCUAAUCCUCUAUCAGUUACGAACCUAGCCUGGGAAACACAGUGCAGCCCUCCCCUCCUCUAAGCUCCUGGUAACCUGGCAUUCGUGGGGUUGCUAGAGCUCCAUUCACAUUCAAAUCACCCCUGGGUGAAAGGCAGGAGACCAGAAACCAUAGCAACCUGCAACACACACUAAGCCUCUGAGCUCAGCCCAAACGGAGACUCCUUGGAGCCCAGAGGCAGCUGCUCAGAGUGCGCCUGGGUCCGUACUGCCGGCCCUGUAGUCUCUAGAACCAGAUAUUGCAUCUUGCGGGGGGCGGAGGGUUUCCCUCCGCCUGCCUGACCCACGAAGCCUGGGAGAUGGAGUCCCUGCAGUUUGCUUGUCUCUGUGAACUCUGCGACUGUGGGUAAGUGAGCGCUCGAACAGGCACAGACAGAUGCCCUUAUUUAUUUUUGCUUAAGGCUUCUAGAGCAAGAAUGGAUUCGUUUCACCCUUCUCCCCUCCACACACACCAGACCUGAUCCUAAGCAAAAGCUGCUGGCCCUGAGCUGUGCAUGUGGGCUGGAAGCCAUGGGCAGCAGAGAAGGACAGCCGCCUGCUUUAUACAGGCUCUGUCAGUAUGGAGCAGUUUUACAAAGCGCGAUCAUCACUCGUACUGCUGUGGCACCUAGAGGCACGAGAAAGUCCCUGCCCCACAGACCAGCCACGUGCGUGCGCAUGGAUCUAUUCUGUAGUGUUUACUCAUGUCCCUGGGGACUUAUGAGUUUUAACCACCUCUUUACAGAGCAUGACAGGGGCCUGCCGCCGUGCCCUGAGCUGUGCUGCUAGCGGGAGUUGGACAGUAGCAGGCGGGGAGGUUAUUUCACAGUAUUUGGUAGCUUCCAGCUCCUACCUCCACCACAGGAUCCUACCAAUAGCAUCCAUCUCCCAGGGAGCUCUGAGAUGCCAGGUGUUGGGGAACAAUUCUCAGGGGCCCUGAAAGCUGCAGAGCAGCCAUCAUCAGGCUGCCCAGCACACAGCUCCCAGCGAGCAGACCUGCUGCCUUGGCAGUCACUUCCCUUGACUCCGAUGGCUCCCACACGGGCUGGAUGUGGAGAAUGUUCCCAGAGGGGAGGGGAGCCCGGUUUCGGUUCCUCUCUCUCAGCUGCUUCUCUGUCACGCUCAGUCGACACAAGCACCACAAAAACUGCAAGAAGUGGAGCAGGCCAGCACCUCAGGACUGCAGGAGGCCCCAACUGUCUCAUUACAAGGCAACUUACACCCAGCCACCAAACGUGCACCCUCGAAGCAGCAAGAGGCCGCUCCGCACCCCUCCACACCCCAACCCCCCAGCCAUGGCCUUCAGCACCACGCAGCGGGCAGAGUUCAUCCCCUGGGAGCUGGGCCAGAGGACCAAGCCGCAUGUCCGGGAGGCGUAUCAGUGCCCACAGGAGCCCUUCCAAAGCCAGAGUCUGUAUCGCCUCCACUUCCCGCCCAGGGAGCCAGUCAUGACCACCCUCCGGCAGCCCCUAACUCCCAGGCAGCCCAACAGCUCUGGUUUCCCCCACACCACCACCAUGGAGAGCUACAAAGGAUGGCGAGCGGAACGCCCAGCCUGCUAUGGAGAGCCGCCAGCCCUGGCAGGUGCUCUCCUGUCCCCUGACCAGGCAGCCGAGAUAGAAAGCACCAUGCAGCGAGAGUUCACAGAGAAACGCAUCCCCAAACCAGAGCUCGUCAAAGGAGCCCAGGUUCAGCUCACCAUUGAAGGUGAUCAUGACAUGAUGACAACCCACCAGAGCACCUACCAGUCUGUGCCCUUGGAGAAGCGGGUAGCCCAGUCACAUAAUAAAGGAAUAGUGCCAGCAGGGAAACGAGCACAGGUGGAAUACAUGACCAAGUACCAGAGUGAUUUCCCAGCAUGCAGCUUGUUACCUGCACGGCUUCAGCCUGCUCAGCCUCCUCUGGACAACCUGGCAAUCAACCAGGGGUUCAGUACAGAUUUUCAGACGGUGCAGAGGGAAAGCUACCAUGGCUGGGACACCCGCAGAUACCCUUGUGCCAGCCCCAUCAAGCUGAAAGAGGAGCUGGCAGACUUGAGGAAAGAGAGGGAUGGAAAAUUCAGUGGAGACACGGUGACCAAGCUCUCUUACCCCCCUCUGCCCUUGGACAGGCCUCCGAGGACUAUCGAGUGGCCCCCCACGGUGCUGAGAUCCCUCUAUGCAAAGUUUGACGAUUCCACAGCCCACAAGUUCUUCUUCAGAGAGUGGGGAGUCCAGCCCCGAAUCCGGCAAGGUGACCCCUACGAUGGAGUCUACAUCAGACCUCUGGCCAAGUUUGAAAGCCAAACUACCACACACAGCACGUUCCUGCCCCAGAUAGCGGAGGUGGUGAAGAACUGCAAACCAGAGCAGAAAUCCAUCCGAGCACAGGGAAAGCAGGAUUUCUCCACCAUCCACAGGGAGUCUUACAGGCCAAUCCCACUCCCAGUCUGUCGUUUGCAAAUGUACUUGAUCCAACAACAGCAGAAGGGACAAGAAACAAUUAAUUCUCUUGUGCCCGUUAAAGCCUGAUAUGCAGUGUGGAUCCAGGUCCCUCAGCCAAAUCAACUCUGUCCCCAGGAUGCUAAUGGGCAAUUACUAACUAGACAAUUUGAUAAACUGUUUGUUUUUUGUGCAUCCUAGCAACAUUAAAAUGGCAUCAUCUAAAAUCUUGGAAACUUAAGUAUACCUACACUGCAGAGAUGUGAUUGCAGUUCGCAAAGUAGUACUCAUGCUAACUUUAUCUAGUUAGCGUGGCUAAAAACAAAGAUGCAGCAGCACAGAACAGUUACACAAGUACAUACCAAGAGUUCUCGGCAGGCUUGUACAGCCUGCAUAUUUUCACUGCCUUUUAGCCAGGUUAGCGAAAUUUAAAGCUAGCACGUAAAACAAUCACACCUCCAAUCACAGUGCAAACACACCCUCAGAACAGCUGCUAUUAAUUUGGGUGUUGAAUCUUAAACAAAUACCACAUCCAUGCACAUUUGUAUUGCUGUAAUAGCUGUUGAAAUUAUACAAUUGUGCCUAAUUUCAUUGUAUUUCCUGCUUAAGCAUUCUGUAAGGAAUCCCACCAUUAAUAUCUAGUAUUUUAACACUAGCUUUCAGAGUGCAGUCUAUUAUUUUGCAUUUUAUUUUAAAGAUACUAAAAAUUGCUUAUGCUUAGUAUCCCUAAUUAGACAGAUGUGCGUUCCUCAGCAAAAGCAGUGUUCCCAACUUUCUC